AUGCGCAGCACCAAAGCCACCGGCUGCUGGACCUGCCGCCUACGCCGCGUCAGCUGCGACAAGGCCGCGCCCGCCUGCGCCGCCUGCACCAGCCGCCACAUCAAGUGCCACGGCUACGGCCCGCAAAAGCCGGACUGGAUGGACGGCGGGCGCAGGGAACAAGAAGUGCACCAGCGCAUCAAGUCCGCCGUCAAGAUCCAUACGCGCUCCCGGAAGCUGCAGCUAUACGCCCUGGCGCGGAGCCAGCAGCAGCAGGCGGCUCAGAAAACGAGAAGUCAGUCGCCGCUUCCUACUAGUUCUGGGUCGGACGGGUCUGUUGUUGUGAGAAGGGGGGAUGGACCGCUGUUGUCGUCGUCGCCGCUGGCUAUCGCGUCGCCGGCUGCGGUGGUUGAAGGGAGCCCCGAUACGGCGAGCAGUUGUGGUAGCGAGCAGCAGCAGCGCCCAGGCCGGGUAGAGCGAGGAAGCGAAAGCGCGACGCCGGAUCUUGGGAGGGCGGAGACGCCGUAUCAUUCCCUUCCGUCGUCGGCGCACGGCGAGCAUUCGCAUUCGCACUGGCCGCUCAGCCAUCGGACUGCUGCUGCCACAGCGUUCUCCCGCGGAGCGCUGCCGUACGACGAGGCGGAGCUGCUGAUGUAUUACCUCGACCACGUUUUCCCGAUGCAGUAUCCGUACCAUUCGGCCCGGACGAAGAGCCGCGGGUGGCUGCUGUGGUUGCUGAGUAAGAACGGUCCGUUGUAUCGGGCGUCGCUUAGCUUGGCGGCGCUGCAUCAGCGGUUGGUGUCGGUUGGUGGGGAGGGGGAGGAGGAUGUGCCGUUUGAGUACCAUAAUAGCACUUUGAGGGAGCUGCAGGAUUUCAUUGGGGCUGCUACGAUGGACGGGCUGCCGAGUGGGGAUGAAUUGUGUGCGGAGAUUGUGGCGUGUGGGGCGGCGCUGGUUAGCUUUGAGGUCUUCACGGGAGGAACGGAGAACUGGCAGCCCCAUCUACAAUCAACAGUUUCUAUCCUCAAAACCAUCGACCCCUCUCGCCUCACAGCCAAUCCGUCCCAGAGGUCACACGGCGUAGACGCUGCUCUCGCCUUCCAUGCCCCUGUUUUGCUUUGGAUGGAUAUCCUGUCCUGUAUUGCUACGUGCCAAAAGCCACAACUCCCUUACGAUCAUUGGUUGUCGAGUAGUCAUGACAUCGACCUCGCCCAGAUCAUGGGCUGUCAGAAUUGGGCUAUGAAGGCCAUUGGAGACUUGGCCACGCUGCAGGAGUGGAAAAUGGAGAGUCUUACCUCAGGGACCUUCCGUGUUGAGGAGUUUACUACAAAGGCGCAAUGGAUUGAAGACGAACUGGAGAACGGGAUCGAAGCUUUACAGCUUACAAAAGAGGUUUCCUCGGAGAGAGCUGAAGACAAGGCCGUCACGCUGGUGUUCGCCAGCGCUGCAUUGGUCCAGCUGUACACAAUCGGCGUCGAUGUGCUGCACCCUCAACCAUCGAAACGGCGAAGAGUCGUUGCUCGAGUGAUGCAACAAAUCCAAAGAGCAUCCGGGGUCGUCUCUGUCCGGCAAAUCGUCUGGCCGAUCUGUAUUGCCGGUUGUGUGGCAGAGCCGCACCAGCAGCCCUUCUUCGAAGAAAGCGUCGCAGACGUGUUGCAGAAGCCCGAGGGUACGAUCGGGAACUGCCCAGCAGCGCUGACAAUCAUGCUAAACUGCUGGGACUACCGGACACGUGAACCAGAGGUCCAUUGGGAUUGCAGCAAGACUUUGGCUCGAAUGAAUAUGUCCGCUCUUCUUAUUUAA